AUGUUUGAUCCCGCCGCGGCGCCCGCAGGGAUGAGCGAUGGAGGGGCCGAGCCCGGCGGGAGCCCCGUGCUGCUGGCCGAGCCCGCGGCCACCGGGCGGGCCCGGGAGAAGCUGCCGACCCGGGCGGAGCUGGAGAGCGCCCUGCGCGCCAGCGGCGGCGGCGGCGGCGGCGGCAGCGGCGGAACCGCCGGCGGCUUCAAGGACAUCCCGGGAACGUCGGCGGUCAGCCCCGGCUCCUCCAAGCAGUGCGCCCCGGACACCGAGAGUCCGUCGGGGACCGGCGAGGCGGAUUACUGCCGCCGCAUCCUGGUGCGAGAUGCCAAAGGGACGAUCCGUGAGAUCGUGCUGCCCAAGGGGCUGGACCUGGACCGUCCCAAGCGGACGCGGACGUCCUUCACGGCGGAGCAGCUCUACCGCCUGGAGCUGGAAUUCCAGCGCUGCCAGUACGUGGUGGGCCGGGAAAGGACGGAGUUAGCGCGGCAGCUCAACCUCUCCGAGACGCAGGUCAAGGUGUGGUUCCAGAACCGCCGCACGAAGCAGAAGAAGGACCAGAGCAGGGACUCUGAGAAACGCUCCUCCGGCACCUCCGAGUCCUUCGCCACCUGCAACAUCCUGCGGCUGCUGGAGCAGGGCCGCCUCCUGUCCGUGCCGCCCCCCCCGAGCCUCCUGUCCCCCCCUUCCAACCCUGUCGCUGUCGCCAGCCCCGCGGCCGGCCUGGCGCCGCCUGUCCCCGCGUCCCCGCCGGGGCUGGGCACCAGCAGCCCCCCGGCCCCGCCGCCUUUCGGCCUGCACGUCCCGUCCCUCGCCGCUUCCUCCUCCUCCUCAUCCUCAUCCUCCUCCUCGUCCUCGUUGUCGUCGUCGCCGCGGCUGCCGGGGAGGCCGCUGUGUUUCGGGGGGCCGCUGCUGGGCGCCCUGCACGACCUGCCCGCUUCGUACCCGCCCGGAACCUCCGCGUUCGAGCCUUACACGCGGCUGGAGAGGAAGGACAGUUCUAUACCCAGCAAGAAGCCGAGCCCUUAAAAGGAAAAACUAAAAAAAAGCACCAAA